AUGCAUAAUGUCACAUGCCUCAUAAAUGUGUAUACAUAUUUACAGAUAUACAUUCACAGAUAUAUACACAUACAUACACAUACACACACAUACAUAUACAUACGUAUACAUACAUAUACAUACGUGUACACAUAUUUACAGACAUGCAUUCACAGACACAUGCACACACAUACGCACACACAUACAUACAUUCACACACAUACAUACAUUCACACACAUACAUACAUAUACAUACAUUCAUAUACAUUUAUAGACACAUACAUACAUAUACAUACUUGUACACAUAUUCACAGAGUGCAUUCACAG